AUGGAUUUCGCACCCUACCAGUCCUCCCCGCCCGAACACACCCGCGCCUUCUCCCCGCGUGUCUACUCCCCCGCGACAGGCAACCAGUACCAGCACCGGACGCCGUCUCAGGUCUCCCCGCCGCCCCUGCAACACCCCCAGCCGCAGCGCGUGUGGACGGGCGAUGGCGUCGGGAGGGAGGGCAUGGUUUCCGAGUUUGAUACCAGUCUCGGCUUGAGGCUCGACUAUGAGGCCUGUCUGGCGUACUUGGCGCUGCCGCCGUUGGGGGGCAUAUUGCUGCUUAUUCUGGAGAGGAAGAGUGAUUACGUUAGGUUUCAUGCAUGGCAGUCCAGCCUGCUUUUUACGGCGCUUUUCGUGGUGCAUCUGCUCUUCUCUUGGUCGACUUUUCUGAGCUGGGUGUUCUUCCUGGGGGAUCUUGUCUUGAUUGGGUGGUUGGUGUUGAACGCUUAUCGGGACGCGGACACAUUAGACAGGUAUGAGGUUCCUAUUAUUGGGCCGAUAGCGAGCAGGAUCCUGGACGACGAGUAA